AAAAAAGAUCAUUUGUCCAAAUAAGGAUCAAUAAUCUAAUUAGUCAUACCCAAUCUGUUUUCUUAUAAUAUUUUGUACACAAUGUAAUGCACAUCAAAACUAAGUUUUGAUGCUUUAAAAGACAAUCUUAAUGGCCAGGUUGGCUUCUUGCUCUUUGCCUGAUAAUUCUCUUGUACAGCCCAGUUUCAUCACAUAACAAGAUACCCUCAGACUCCUAAGCUGUGAGUGUACAAGCGAUAGCAAACUGAGCUACUUUAAGUAGCUGUCCUAGUCCUGUUGGCCUGACUGGAUUUCUUAAUGGGAUUAUCUAAGACUGGAGAGACACAGAACAAGAAAACACCACCUUCGGACUGACGGUAAGAAGUUACACGUCACUGCUUUCUUGGUAGAAAUUCUGAAUUGUGAAUUUAUUUCAGCUGAUAAAAAAGUCAAAGUGAAGUUACUGUGGUUGAGUUCUCUUUGUCAAGAGGCUAGGAGACUGUUCUGCUGGAGUUUUAUAUGGGCAAACAGCCUGCUGAGGGAACAUCAGAUUCAAGUGGCGAUCAGACCAAGAUGCCAGGCAGUGAGGACAGUGAUGAAGAGUCCAGUCAAGAGGAACAGCCUGUGAUACCAUGGAAUGAGUUGUCUAUCUUAGAGCGUGUGGGCCUUGAUGGCAUUGAGAUGAGUGAGGAUGAGGUGGAGACAGCCUUCUCCCAGAUUGCCCUGGCCUUCAGCAGUGACCAGUACACCCUGAAACAAAGGCUGCAGGCAGAAGAGCACGCACGCAACCUGGCUGAGGAGAACAUCCAGUUGGAGCUGACCAGGGGGCGAGAGACCUUGGAGACACUGAAGGAUCUCUGUCUGGAUAUGAAGCGCAGUACCAUCCUCCAGAGACUGGAGUUGUGUCUAGACAUCCUUGGAGGGACCGUGGCGCGGAUCUCCAACACGGCUGAGGUUCUGGGAGCAGUGCAUAAGGAAGCCCGAGUCAGCCGAGCGGUGGAGCUCAUGGUGGCUCAUGUGGAGAACCUCAGAAGACGUCACGACAGAGACAUGGCUGAGCUGGAGGAGACUAAGAAGCUUAUACAGAAGAACCCCCGUCGACACUUCAGUGAAGCCAGGAGUAUAGUGGCGGAUGGUGGCGAGUUGAAACAGAAGGUUCAUAAAAAGAAUUCUCAGCAGAGCAACAGCCGGCGCCGGGUCAGUGUAUCCGUCCUGUCCAAGCAGGAGAAGAAAAAACGAGAUAAGGAACUGAGGAAACAGUCCAUGGAGGAUUGUUCUAGCAGGAAGAUAUCCCUCUCAGGCCAGUCAGAAGCGCAGAAUCAAAGCUCAGAUUCCAGCAGUGUGGCCGUGGUGAAGACAGAAGAUGGGGACAUUCCUCGGCUGGAGGAUGGACCACCAACACCAGAGUCCCAGAUCAAUCCAAGAGCACCAGAUGAUGCCACUUAUGUGGAGGAAGUUUGUCCUUCACCAGCGUACCCCCUCAACCUUAACUCAUGCAGCCUGACUGAAGAACCAAAUGCAGGGGUCGCCAAAAACAAACAAAACAACUGCUCACCACUGAAUUCUCUGCGACACAGACGCAGAGGCAAAACAAUGCUGGAGAGGACAAGAUGGGACAAGGACAAGAAGGGCGUAGAGUACAGACAGUUAACCUCAGAACAGUGUGGUCCUAUGUGCAUACAUCGCCCCCUGGCUCACUGGCUGUAUAGCUGUCGUUGGCUGCUUCUCUGUGUAUACCUGUGUGUGUUUUGCUGUGUGAUAACUUUGACUGUCUUUUUUUGGAAUCUGCUUGGUCCCGCACUUUGGUAACCAACAUGAAGGAGUACAGCUUUAUUUCUUGCUUGCAAGAUGCAUCUCGAUUGGACAGCUUUGUCCAAUAAAAGGCAUGUGAACUGUAUGGAAUUAUUUUGAGGUUGCCUCGACAAUGAAGGGCAUACUGUAAAUAGAAGCAUGAACAAUGUUAUUGUUAUUUUAUAUGAGAUCAAUCUUGGAGUGAAAAUGGCAAUGGUGUUGUUCUUAGGGAAAUAUAAGGGUGUUACAUUUGGCAUGUAUUAAAAACUGCACAUUCCCAUGUUGGUGUUAAUCAUAAAUGUGCA